UUUUUCUAUUUAAAUUCUAUGUAAACGAAGUCGUCUACAAUUGAACCGGCAUAAGGAAACCGUACCUUUAAUGGAAAACGAAAAACCCCAUAAAUUAGAUGCCGAGGGAAGCUUUGGAUUUCAAUCCUCUAUUAUUUUUCCGAUACAGAGCCGAACAAUGCUUCUCAAACUCCUUUUUUAGCUUCUAAAUCUGGUUUACUGUAAAAGUACUAUAUUCUAAAGUAGGAUUUAAAAGACAGAACCAAGAACAUGUUCACUGAAGGACUUGACAGCAAUGCCCUCAAAUGGGUUCAAGGACCGAAGGAAAUUCAAUCACAUUCUAGCUUAAGGCCUCGAGUUGAUCAAAUUACCAACAUCCGUGCUGGAGGCCGGAAUUUCGGCUUACCACCGCCGGGUAAAUUCAGAAGCGGCCACUUGCUGGAAACGGCAAUCCCGGUGACUUCCACCACUUUAACCGGUGACGUUGACUAUGACAUUUCCCCCGCUUCUGAAAAUGACGUGACUAGUGACUCGGAGGAAGAUACUGUUUAUGGAGGGAGGCAUUCUCUUGAUUUUUCUCCAGAAGAUCAACAAAUUACUAAUGGAAGUGGAACUGCUCAUAGAUAUGGAAACCAGGCCCAAAGGCAGCCUCUAUAUGCCACUUCCAGUGAUUAUAUAUAUUCAGAUGUUAGUUCGUCUAUGGGGACUAUAAUGGGAGGGAGAAGAGGGAAUCUUGGUGAUAGGUUACUGAAGGGGAAUGGGAGAUUUCCUGUUGGAAGAGAUGGUUUUACAGAAGAGGACAAGUCUUCGGAUUCGGCUAGUAGUUCUGAGUUUUCGAUUGCACAAGUGGGGCGCAUUAAUGGUAGAAUCUCACGGAGUAAAGCAUGUGUUUCUGAAGGGUAUGCUUCGAGUGUGCCUUCUCGGAUCAAUGUUGAAAGUGCUGCUGAUAAGGAUUUGAACUCUGGGAAGCUACACCAUGAAAAGUUCUCUCAUGAUGAUGUUCCAACUGCACCACCAUUUUCUAUUUCAGUACAGAAAGUUAAGCAAGACACUGACUGUGUUCCAGCGUGUGAAAUACAAAGCACCCGGUCUGCAACUGGUACACAUGACCCCAAGGCAUUCAAAUCCAUGUCCAGAGUUAAGAAAGAACAUAAUAGGAGCAGCAGAAAAUCUGAUGAGUUUGUAAGAAUCUGCCACCGGUCAUCAGGCAGUGCUCGCAUUCCAACAUUUCAUGCGAGUGGUCUUGGACCUUGGCAAGCUGUAAUUGCCUACGAUGCAUGUUGCCUUCAUGCUUGGGCAAGGGGUUGCAUGGAAGCUCCUAUGUUUCUGGAAAACGAAUGUGCUCUUUUAAGAGAUACUUUUGGAUUACAACAAAUUCUUUUGCAAUCGGAAGAGGAACGGAUGGAAAAACCCACUUUAGAUUUUACCAGUGAGGCUGCUGCCCCAAAACCUACGAAAAUUGUUGGCAAGAUGAAAGUGCAAGUGCACAAAGUCAAAACAACUGUGGAUCCACCAACUGGCUGUAGUAUGACAUCUCUUAGUCUCAGUGCUCCAAGAGCUAAGCUGAAGACUAUUCAGAAUCAAUUGUCCAAUUUUCAGUCAAUACUUUCUUCAAGGUGGCAGGCUCUUAAAAAUAUUCGAGUUGCUCCUCAUUUACCAAAUAGUUCUUUCUCACAUAAAAGUUUAGCAUAUAUGCAUGCUGGAACUCGGUAUGUAAAACAAGCAACUGGGCUGCUGAAAGUUGGCGUGAGAAGUUCACACAAGAAUUCAUCCUCAUAUGAAGUUAUACAAGAAACAUAUGUGUGCAUGCUGAGACUGAAAAGCUCAGCUGAAGAAAACAACAUAAGAAUCCAACCGGGAUCUGGUGAAACACACAUCUUCUUUCCAGAUAGUUUGGCAGAUGAUCUAAUUGUCGAAGUUCAGGACUCCAAGGGGAAGCAUUUGGGUCACAUCCUUGUGCAAGUGGCUACUAUUGUUGAAGACGCAACUGACAAGUUGCAGUGGUGGUCUAUUUACCGUGAGCCAGAGCAUGAACCUGUAGGCAAGCUUCAACUCUGUAUAAACUACUUAACAAGUUCAGAUGAUAAUAGUCAUCACAAGUGUGGUUCUGUUGCUGAAACAGUUGCUUAUGACCUUGUCUUGGAAGUUGCGAUGAAGGUUCAACAAUUCCAGCAGAGGAACUUACAGUUAUAUGGGUCAUGGAAAUGGCUAUUAACAGAGUUUGCCUCGUAUUACGGAGUUUCUGAUGUCUACACCAAGCUAAGGUAUCUUUCCUAUGUAAUGGAUGUGGCCACACCUACUGCUGAUUGCCUUGGUUUGGUGCAUGAAUUGUUAAUGCCUGUUGCUAUGAAAGGCCACAACAAAAGAGCAUUGAGCCAUCAAGAGAACCGAAUUUUGGGAGAAACCAAAGAUCAAAUCAAGCAGAUUCUUUCUCUGGUUUUCGAGAACUACAAAUCACUUGACGAAUCAUCAUUCUCAGGCAUUAUGGAUGUGUUCGAGCCUGCAACAGGACUUGUAGCACCCGCACUGGAACCUGCAAUUAAUCUUUAUAUGCUUCUACAUGACGUAUUGUCUCCAGAAGCACAAACAAAUCUGUGUCAUUAUUUCCAGGCUGCUGCAAGGAAAAGAUCUAGAAGGCACUUGGCUGAGACUGAUGAAUUUGUUACCACCAACAAUGAGCCCAAUUUUAUGGAAACUGUUGCAAUGUCUAUUGCUUAUCAGAAGAUGACAUGUCUUUGCAGGAACAUUAAGAAUGAGAUAUUAACAGAUAUUAAGAUUCACAAUCAACAUAUACUUCCCACUUUUAUAGACUUACCAAAUCUGUCAGCAUCUAUAUACAGCACCGAACUUUGCAACAGAUUACGUGCAUUCCUUCUUGCAUGCCCACCACCUGGCCCUUCACCACCUAUGGUAGAACUUGUUAUCGAAACUGCUGAUUUCCACCGAGAUCUUGCCAGCUGGAACAUAAGUCAUGUGAAAGGUGGAGUUGAUGCAAAGGAGUUGUUCCACUUGUACAUCAUGAUAUGGAUUCAAGAUAAGCAGCAGUCUCUACUUGAGUCAUGUAAAUUAGAAACGGUUAAGUGGUCAGGAGUUAGAACACAACAUUCUACAACUCCUUUUAUUGAUGAAAUGUAUGAACGACUCAAGGAGACAUUGAGUGACUAUGAAGUCAUCAUCUGCCGGUGGCCUGAGUAUAUUUUUGUGCUGGAAAAUGCUAUUUCAGAUGUUGAGAAAGCUAUAGUGGAGGCUCUCAAUAAGCAGUAUGUAGAUGUAGUAUCUCCUUUGAAGGAAAUUUUGACACCAAAGAAAUUCGGCCUUAAGUACAUGCAGAAACUUACUAAACGAUCUGUAUGCUCCUAUACUGUUCCUGAUGAGCUGGGUAUGCUGUUGAAUUCUAUGAAGAGGAUGCUCGAUGUCCUACGUCCCAAGAUAGAGACCCAGUUCAAGUCAUGGGGUUCUUGCAUCCCUGAAGGUGGAAAUACGGCUCCUGGAGAGCAUCUUAGUGAGGUGACAGUGAUGUUGAGAACCAAGUUUAGAGGAUACCUGCAGGCUGUCGUUGAAAAACUUGCCAAGAAUACCAAAUUACAGAACUCGAAAAAAUUGAAAAAGAUUCUCCAAGAUUCUAAAGAAACUAUGGGAGAGUCUGAUAUUCGAGGCAGAAUGCAGAUGUUAAAAGAACUGCUGAGAAGUACAAUAAAUCACCUUCAUACAGUUUUUGAGACUCAAGUUUUCAUUGCAAUCUGCCGAUGGUACUGGGAUCGGAUGGCACAAGAUGUUCUUGGCUUCUUGGAAAACCGGAAAGAAAAUAGAUCAUGGUACAAAGUUUCCCAAAUUGCUGUAUCCAUUCUGGAUGAUACUUUCACAUCACAGAUGCAACAGCUCGUCGGCAAUGCACUCCCAGCAAAAGACCUUGAGCCACCAAGGUCUAUCUUGGAAGUGCGGUCAAUGCUUGGUAAGGAUGCUUACAACUAGACCAUUAUUUGUGCAGAUUACAAUGAGGUACUGGCACACACACACAUUAGAACAAAUAAAAACCUUAGCUAAGGUUGAAAAAAAAUGGAAGAUGAAAGUUGCCACCAACAUAAGAUCAUCUCAAUGACCUUCUAACCCAAUAAAAAAGAAGAAAAAAAAAAUGAAAAGAAAAGAGAUGACUGAAUUUGCUCUAUAUGUAUAUGAUAAUUCCUUUGGGGCUAUUAGCUCUUACAGUUUUGAAUAUUUAUAUAUAAUUGAAAUUCUUUGCCCGCAAA